AUGCUCGCGGCUGAAAGUAGAAAAAAGAGUUAUGUUGAUCCAAAGCGACAGGAGAUUGAUUUUCAGAUUAGAGAUAUGGUAUUCCUCCGGGUAUCGCCAAUGAAAGGCAUGAAACGCUUUGGUAAGAAAGGGAAGCUUAGCCAAAGGUUCAUUGGACCUUUUGAAAUCCUUGAGAGGAUAGGGCAAGUAGGGUACAGAUUGGCUAAGACCCCAGCGCUGGCAGCUGUACAUGAUGUGUUCCAUGUUUUGAUGCUUCAGAAGUAUGUCUCAGAUUCAUCCCAUAUCUUGAGUUAUGAAGCAUUGGAACUAUAG